CGAGGCGUUCAUGUUUUCAAGCUGUCUUUCCAUCGCGAACAGUGGCCUGGAUCACUCGCUACCAACUGGUAGCAGAUUGAAAAUGUGCGCGUUAUCAAAUGUUUAAAAGAAUAAACUGUGAACUGAUUGGCUAUUUGUAAUUAUCAUUGUUUUAAAAAGAUAAGACGACAGGUGAAACUCACAAAAUGUCAUUGGAUGCCAGUGCUUAACAAAUAUCGAUGUGAUGAGGUGAUAUUUGAUUUGUGCAGUGUUUGUGUGUGACUCAAGACAUUUUGUUAUAAUAUGUGGGGGGCAGCGGUGUCGAAUCCGCCGCAUUACCAUUAUGUUCAAGGACCUGCUGGUCCAAUACCACAAGUGGGGCCUAAUGGUCCGAUACUGUCGGGUCCUUCAACGAGGCAUUUACGACCACAAUCAUCAUACUCUUUGCCACAUGGUACUAAUGGGCCCGGCCGCUGGAGUUGGUCAGGAAGUAAUGUCUCGUCGUUUGAUCGAAGACAGCUGAAGGUACCUCCACAACCUGCUCGCCCAGCCCCAGUCAGGCCUUCGCAAAGCCGAUACACUGGAAGUAAUAAGGUCGACCCCGAGCUGAUCUUCACGAAACAGGAGAAGAUCGGCAAAGGCUCGUUCGGUGAGGUGUUUAAGGGUGUCGAUAACAGGACCCAGCAAGUGGUCGCUAUUAAAAUAAUCGACUUAGAAGAAGCUGAAGAUGAAAUCGAAGACAUCCAGCAGGAGAUCAUGGUGUUGUCACAAUGUGACAGCCCAUACGUUACUAAAUAUUACGGAUCAUACUUAAAGGUAAGCAACAAUGAUUCAUCUAUAAAUCUAAUAACUUGCUCUGAAUGAGUUUGAUCUGAUACACAAUGUGGUUAAUAACUAUUUACCGCAUUACUUGAUGUUUGAUAUACACCAUUUGGCAUUUAUUGAACCCUGCAAUCUUAGUUCCUAUUCAUAUAGAGCCACAGAAUACGGUAAACCUUAUGGAAAUAUAUUACAUUUUAUCUCGUUGCUUUGGGGGCACGAGGCAUCAAUCUUUGUCUGUGAAGCAGUACCUUUGCCUGCUUAUCUGCUGUCGAGUCCUUAUAAAAGACAAGAAUCAAGCGCAAUGGACUCCAUUACGUAGUGUAUUCUCUUGCUGUAUAAUAUGCUUUCUGUGAAUUCAUUUUCCUCGGUUCAUGAGCUUCAUUUUACGACUUGACAUCUUACUUCGAUUAAUGUUUGAACUUUGUAUUGCGUUACAAUAUCUGUUGUCUGCAACGCGUGACACACCGAAGAGAAUUGCAGUUACGCAGUAUUGUACUCGUACCUACUCGCUUACUCAAAUGGAAUUUCAGAAAGUGCUGCGGCGCACUGUCAUGAAACACUAGGAUACUUAUUACACCGUUUUGCGGAGUAGCUGUUGUCUCUGUAAUUGUACACCCGUGGCAUUACAUCCAGGUCUAGGUAAUAGGACAUUGAUAGUGUCGUGACUAUGCGAAAUAUGACUACGACUAGUAAUAGAUAUUAUAGACAAUUUAAUCACAGUAGUGUUAUUGAAAUCUACUGAUCAAUUUUGUUUAUUAGAUUGUACUGAUUCGAUUGCGCAAUGCUUGCUGUUGAAUGUCACGAAAUUGUAACAAAGUUACUAUGGAACGUUCACCCGAUCUGGUAAUUCGCUCGCGUGCUGUAUUGUAUUCGCGCUGUACUUACUGUACGAUGUCCGUCACGAAGAGUUUGGGGUCGAAACUCGACAUAACACAACCGGUUAUAUUUAGGUCCACAAUGCAAAUUCUUUGGAAUCGUAUAAUAAUAUCCAACAUGUGCAACUGCCUUUAUAAUUUUUAAAUUAUUUCGGAUUCGAAGACUUAACACAUUUGUAACGAAGUAUUUGUGGACGAUUUAAACAACUUCCUUUCCUACUUAAAAUAUUUUUGUAAGUAAUAGUCGAUUUUCCAUAAAAACCCUACAUGGCACACUAAAUCCU